UGUUUUCAAGCGAUGAAUGAAACGAGCAGACACGCAAUUCCUCCGCGUUCUAGUUUAAACUAUCUAAUGUGUCAUUGAAUAUUAUAUUUUGUCCGUGAUUUCUCGUCGCUCCGGGACUUUGCGGGUUUUACAAACUUUGAUUUGACGCAGUAACGCACCGGACUGACAGUGCGAGUUGACUCGGGGCUUGAGGGGGGUUGGAGGUAAACAAGAUGGCGACAAUCUGACUGGCGAGAGUAAUACGAAGAGUCCCGGGGAAAAAAAUGUGAAUUGAUAUGAAACUUGGCUCAAGUCGCGCUGUUGUGAUUCCGAGGACUGACAUAGGAGAAGCGAGUCAAAUCAGAGAUUCACGCGGUUUUUUAGGCAUCCCGAACUGCGUAGACAUGGAGGAUACCUGAGUGUGCGAGGAGGGCACUUUCGGACGGCUCGGUCUUCCCACUGAAGCCAAGCUGCACGACUCUAGCAGCGGAAGUGUGUUUGGAUGCAUUCCAGGUGUACACGCUUACCUGACCUCAGGCAGCAUGGAUCCUUGACGGAAAUGUUGUGCUGCACGGCCUCGAACCAGGGCUCGUUGCCCCUACGUACGGCUGAAUUGUAUUAAAUCCUUCAAGAGGGUAGAAAACAAACCUUUUAAAACCAAUACAUUUUUCUUGAAGUGCAUUUGUUUCAAACAAAAUGACUGACUGAGACAAGCGGAGUUUCACUUCAGCGUGCAGCUUUUGUUUUGAAAGAACAAUAAUGUUGACAAAUCCGGAGUAAUCGCCGUCCCCUUUCACGUUCAGUAUUUAUCGUUAUUACCUCUCAUUUCCGGGCCGAGAGGUUGAUUCUCCGCCACCAAGGAAGAUUUCCCGAGUAGGCUCAGUCUGUGGAUCAGUCAUGAGUACCGGAGAGAUACAUCACCUGAACUACCUGAAUGAAAACGAACUGAUGGAGAUGGACACGUUCAUUCACCGCAUCGACUCCACCGAGGUGAUUUAUCAGCCGCGGAGGAAGAGGGCCAAGUUGAUAGGAAAGUACUUGAUGGGGGAUCUGCUGGGGGAAGGAUCGUACGGAAAGGUGAAGGAAAUGCUGGACUCGGAAACUUUAUGCCGCAGGGCCGUCAAGAUACUGAAAAAGAAGAAGCUGAGGAGGAUUCCGAACGGAGAGGCAAAUGUGAAAAAGGAGAUUCAGCUGCUAAGAAGACUGCAACACAAGAAUGUGAUUCAGUUGGUGGACGUUCUCUACAAUGAAGAAAAGCAGAAAAUGUAUAUGGUGAUGGAGUAUUGCGUGUGCGGAAUGCAAGAAAUGCUGGACAGCGUCCCGGAAAAAAGGUUUCCUAUAUUUCAAGCUCACGGGUACUUUUGCCAACUCUUAGAUGGCCUUGAAUAUUUGCACAGCCAGGGAAUUGUUCACAAAGACAUUAAACCAGGCAAUCUGCUGUUGACCACAGAUGGAGCACUUAAAAUAUCGGACCUGGGAGUAGCUGAAGCCCUGCACCCGUUUGCAGAGGAUGACACGUGUCGUACAAGUCAGGGCUCUCCGGCCUUUCAGCCACCGGAGAUUGCCAACGGCCUGGACACAUUUUCAGGGUUUAAAGUGGACAUUUGGUCAGCAGGGGUAACACUAUACAACAUUACUACAAGUCUUUAUCCGUUUGAGGGAGACAAUAUCUAUAAGCUAUUUGAGAACAUUGGAAAAGGGGAAUUUACUAUUCCUGAUGAGUGCGGACCCCUUCUUUCGGACCUGUUGCGAGGAAUGCUCGAGUAUGACCCUGCAAAGAGGUUUUCCAUACAAAACAUAAGGCAACACAAUUGGGUGCGGAAGAAACACCCUUCAACGGAGCUCCCCGUGCCCAUUCCCGCCAGCGCGGAGAGCAGAGACCCUUGGCGCAGUAUGACGGUGGUGCCCUACCUGGAGGAUCUCCACGGCUACACUGACGAGGACGAUGACGAGCUUUAUGACGGCGAGGACGAGAUCAUCUACACUCAGGAUUUCACAGUGCCAGGACAAGUGGCCGAAGAAGAUCAAGAUCUAGGGCACGCGGACUACAGCCCGCCCGUGGCCAAGCCCGUUUGCGUGAACGGGACAGAGGUCGGGACCCUGAACAGCAAGGCCAAAACCGAACGGCGGUCUUCGUCCUCGUCCAACCCCUCGCGCAAAGGGGUCUCCACGGCGAGCAAGAUCCGCAAGCUCUCCACCUGCAAGCAGCAAUGACGCCCCCUCUCCCCCUUCCUCUCCGGUCUCUGUUGGCAGCAGCCCACCUGCAGACGAGAGGAAGUAGGGUGAGCAACAAGACUAACCAAAGGACACUUGAAGUUGGGACAUGGUCAACGCAGCAUUGGAGCGACCCUCUUGGUUCACAAGCCUGUCUUAAAAAUGGAGAAGAAUCCGGAACAUUUGGCUUUUGAGGACCUUUUUUUCCCCCCCAGAACCUUCUAGCCGUUUAAAGGUGCAUUGUGAUGUCUGUAACGAAAAGGAAAGUAAACAUAAUUCUAUUUUUACAUCUGUAUGGAAAGUCUUUGGAGUAUUUAUUCUAUAUUCUUGAUAUCCGACUUGUUUUAUGCGCUAUUUAAACCCUCUGUCCUUGCAAGUUGAGACUAUUCGGCACAUUGGAAUGGUCCUUCUCAGAUCACCCCAUCUCUCACGCUGUUAAUAAGGGGUGUGACAAUACUGUACUAGUAUAUCGAAAAGGUAAUUACAUUUUUUUUUUGUAAAGGAACUAACAGGUUGCUUGCGAAAUCUUCCAUUAGAACAGUGUCUCUGUUGGCUCACUGGCUGCUAUUGACGGCGCCAGACAUCCAAUACAUUUGAACUUGAUUGGACAUCUAGCGCCGUCAAUGGCACUGAAACCAGAGCAUUCUUUUGUGGCCAUACAAGUCGACUUCCUGUUCAUUUUAGGGCAUUUACAGGUUACUUUCUGUUCAUUUUGAGUCCUUUCCUAUUCAUUUUAUGGCAUUCUUGGGUCACUCCAUGUUCAGUGACCCAAAAUCGACAAGAAGUGACCUGUAAUUGCCCCAAAAUCGACAAAAAGGAACCGUGAAAUGUCCCAAAAUGAACAGGAAAUGCCGUAAAAUUAACUUAUUGGACGUCUAUAGCUGUCAACAGUAGCCAAUAAGUCUUUUUUUUUUUUUUUUUUUUUUUUUGACAUUUACGGGUCACUUUCUGUUAAUUUUGAGUCCCUAUUCUUUUUAGGACAUUCCCGGGUCACUUUGUGUUCAGUAACUCCAAAUCAACAGGAUGUGUCCCGUAAAUACCCCCAAAAUCAACAGGACGUGACCUAUAACUGCUCCAAAAUCAGCAGGGCGUGACCCCUAAAUGCCCCCAAAAUUAGCAGGGCGUGACCCCUAAAUGCCCCCAAAAUUAGCAGGGCGUGACCCCUAAAUGCCUCCAAAAUUAGCAGGGCGUGACCCCUAAAUGCCCCCAAAAAUCAGCAGGGCAUUACCCCUACAUGCCCCCAAAAUGAACUUAUUGGUUGCCAUAGACUAUACGUCUUCAGUGGGCAUUUAGGUGUCACCUCCUGUUGAUGUUGACUCAUUUCCGAUUCAUUUGGGAACAUUCUUGAGUCACUUUUCAGUAACUCAAACAUGAAGUGACCCGGAAAUGCCCCCAAAUUAACCAGUGUCUAUAGCAGUCAAUGGUAGCCAAACGGGCUAGCUUCACACCACAGGUCUUAAUGCACAAUUAAGGGGGGGGGGGCACUCAUUCGGACUGCCUUUGUCCAUUGAGCCAGUACAAGUAUCACGCAUGCGCACUAAUUCGCAGUCGGAGAUGGGCUAUGUAAACUGACUUGCAUGCACAGGAGCAUCAAAACAAAUGCUGGCUCUACGUCAUUCUAGGGUGAUCAUAUUUUGAUUUCCAAAAAGGACACAACAGAUAUGAACAAUCCCUGUUUAGUGUUAUACUCAGUUUAUUUAUUAUGACCCUCCUUUUCCCUAAAAUCUGCUAGGCGCUAAUGCUAAUACACCUCCAUUGCUAACGUAGCACCCUGUCUUGUUCUUUGCUGAUGUAAUUGCUACAUAAAUUCCCACUUUGGGAGAGUUGACGGUUCAGACCGCCACCACAUUCUGGAAAAAUGUGGCCCAUAUCGGAUUUUAAAUGGUCCACUUUUAUGCGAUCUGUCCCGUUAAAACCUGCUGUAUGAACCUAGCCUGUCUUUUGUGGACAUUUACAGGUCACUCCCUGUUCAUUUUGAGUCCUUAGCUCUUCAUUUCAAGACAUUUCUGGGUCAACUGGUGUAAAGUAACCCAAAAUCGACAGGACGUGACCCGCAAAUGCCCCAAAAUGAACUCAUUCCCAGGCAUUGGCUGCCACUGACACCCAUAAACCCAUAAAAAAUUUCACUGGAUUGGACGUCUAGCGCCAUCAAAGGCAGAGAAACCGGAGCAUUUGCAGCCGGUCUUUUGCGGGUAUUUAUAGUGCACUUCCUGUUCAGUUUAGGGCACUCAAGGGUCACUUACUGUUCCGUUCGACAGGACGUGACGUGCGAAUGCCCCACCCAAAAUCGACCUGACCCGCGAAUGCCCUAAAAUCGACGGCGUGAUCCGCGGACGCCCCCAAAAAUCGACAGGGCGUGACCCGCGGACGCCCCCAAAAAUCGACUGGGCGUGACCCGCGAACGCCCCACCCAAAAAUCGACUGGGCGUGACCCGCGAACGCCCCACCCAAAAUCGACUGGGCGUGACCCGCGGACACCCCACCCAAAAAUCGACUGGGCGUGACCCGCGAACGCCCCCAAAAAUCGACUGGGCGUGACCCGCGAACGCCUCCAAAAAUCGACUGGGCGUGACCCGCGAACGCCCCCAAAAAUCGACUGGGCGUGACCCGCGAAUGCCCCCAAAAUGAUCUUAUUGACUGCCACUGACAGCCAUGGACGUGCAAUUCAUUUUGACUUGGUUAGACGUCUAGCGUCGUCAAUGGCAGCGAAACCAGUGCAUUCAAGGCCAGUCUUUUGUGGGCUUUUAUAUUGCACUUUUUGUUGAUUUUAGGCCACUCAAGGGUCACUUCCUGUUCCCUAACUCAAAAUUAACAGGAACUGACCCCCAAAUGGCCCGAAUGGGGAAGUGAAUAAAAAUCAACAGGAAAUGACAUGAAAUGCCCCAAAAUUAACUCUCAUUCCCCGCUACUGACGAAGAAUGAAUUUGGUGCCGUCCCUCCCACUUCAAAAAGAUUGGACUACUACUGAUGAACUCAUUCCAAUUGGCAGCAGAAGGAUUAAAAGAUCUUUUUUCAAUUUGUUAUUUUGUAGAAUAUCUUAGAAUGAUUCCUGACCCUUGUAUCGAUGAUUGUUGUAUCGCCAUAUCGUGACUUCUUAAAUCGCAUAUCGAAUCGUGAGGUACCCAGAGGUUCCCACCCCCAUACUAUUAAUGCUACUUUUGCCCUAAAAGUGUGCAAAAAUGUCAUACAAUAAUGUGGGAGUGCUCAACUCAUACUAAUGUGCAGAAUUGUCUUAUUAGCGGGGACAAAGAGGGUUUGGACUAAAUGCGCCAAGAUAUUUCCAUAAAUCAGUGACAUGAUGCGCCGCUGCCAACAAACAAACAAGCCUGCAUGCUGUACAAAGCUGGAAGAGGACAAAGACUGACUGACUGCUGUCUUGUGGGGCGAGUUCUGCUUUCCCUUAUAGUUUUGUUUUUCCAAUGACUAUUUUUUAAUUAUUAUUUAUAUAAAAAUGUCCCAAAAAGUCUGUCGUGUUGACUUCUUUUUUUCCGCCCCCACUUAAACACUCAUAAACUAGAAACUGCCAUUUCUGGCGGAAUUGCUAUGGGGCUUUGCUAUGGUAUUGGCCCCGCCCAGGGUGAUUUGGGGACAUUUCGGGGACAAUAUCAGGUCACUUUCUGUUGUUGUUGGGACAUUUGGGCACACGUCCUGUUGAUAUCGGGUCACUUGCUGUUGAUUUGGGGGACACAUCCAGUUGAUAUCAAGUCACUUCCUGUUGAUUUGGCGAGCACAUCCAGUUCAUAUCGUCACUUCCUGUUGAGUUGACGACAUUUCGGAGGCAUUUCCUGUUGAUAUCUGGUCACUUCCUGUUGAUUUGGGGGACACAUCCAGUUGACAUCGUGACUUCCUGUUGAGUUGCCGACAUUUCGGAGACAUUUCCUGUUGAUUUCGGGUCACUUCCUAAUCAUGCGAUUUAGUCAAAAAUGGGACAAGUAGCGUUUUGAAUUUUUUUUUCUCCGAAAAAUCUACGGGCGAACAAAUUUUUUUGAGGUCAUUUAAAGUCCCUGCAUUGCGCAAAAAUUCCGGUCGUUUCGAUAUUGGAACGGUGCCUAUUGGUCAAACGGUUCGGGCUGCGAAUGUCCUCUUGAUAUCUGGUCACUUCCUAUUCUUUUGGGGACAUGUCCUCAUCAUAUCAGGUCACUUCCUGUUGAGUGUGGGACAUUUCAGAGACAUGUAUUGGUGAUAUCAGGUCACUUCCUGUUAAUUUGGCGACCUUUUGGGGACAUGUCCUGUUGAUAUCGGGUCAAUUCCUGUUGAUUUGGGGACAUUCAGGGACACUUCCUGUUGAUAUCAGGUCACUUUGUGUUGAUUUGGGGACAUGUCCUGUUGAUAUCAGGUCAAUGCGAUGUAAAUGCCCUUGAAAAUGAAUGGGAAUUUUGGACGUACAUGGCCGUCAAUGGCGUUGACUUACAUAUGCGUCAAUAGAAUCCAUGUACAUUGGCAUCAAUUGAAUUGACAUAAAUGGGGUAUAUAGGUGUCAAUGCCAUUGAAAACGAAUAGGAAAUUUGGACGUAUAUGGCCGUCAAUGGCAUCGACUUACAUAUGCAUCACUGGAAUCCAUGUACAUUGGCAUCAAUUGAAUCGACAUAAAUGGGGUAUAUGGGUGUCAAUGCAAUGUAAAUGCCAUUGAAAACGAAAUGGAAAUUUGGACGUACAUGGCCAUCAAUGGCAUCGACUUACAUAUGCCUCAAUAGAAUCCAUGUACAUUGGCAUCAAUUGAAUUCACAUAAAUGGGGUAUAUGGGCAUCAAUGCAAUUUAAAUGUCAUUGGGAAUGAAUGGCAAAUUUGGAUGGACAUGGCCGUCAAUGGCAUCUGUGUACUUGGGCGUCAAUGCAAAGUAAAUGCCAUUGGAAAUGAAUGGGAAAUUUGGACUUGCAUGGCUGUCAUUGAGAUUCCAUUAGAAAUGUAUGGGACAGUUUUGGGCGAAUUUUCGGGCAACUGUUUUUCCAAAAUUCUGUAUACAACUCUUAUGCUGCUCACCGUCCUGGAAUUUUUGAUUUGUCCAAAUUAUGUGAUUUGGUCAAAAAUUGUCCAAUU